AUGGAGGUGUCCCCUGUCCACUCAGGCGCGAAGGGAUCUAGUUCGGACUUCAGUAUCGAGCGAAUACUGAGCUCGGAGCCGCGGGCAGCGCGCCAGGCGGAGCCGCCCAGCUGGCUAUACUGCACCAGAUACCACCCGCCCAAGUUGCCACUCGAUCGGCAUCCUUUCAUCUCAUUGGUCCUCCACGCAGGGUCAUCAACAAGCUGCUGCCCGCGGCGAUCGGGGCGGCACGCGCGGGUGCCGUUCACCGCGGCGCAGGCGGCGGCGCUGGAGGCGGCCUACGCGCGGGAGCCCUACCUCGCGCCGCCGGCACUGCGCGCGCUCGCCUCCGCGCUGCAACUGAGGGAUGAUCGGAUAAAAAUAUGGUUCCAAAAUCGGCGAGCGCGGGAGAGACGUGAGAAAUGCACCAGCAUAGCGCCGCCCCAUGUGAACAGCGUGUUGCGAGCCAGCUGCCACCCGCACCCCGCGGCCGCCCCCGCCUGGCACACUGGCGGACUCUACACUAGGUCUCCUACUAACCUAAUGUCAAAUCAAUACAACCCUGCCAGAUAUAUGGAUCCAGAGGGUCUUAGCACAAUGUACAGAAGCUUAUCAUCAGAGGGCGUGAACAUGGCAGAGUCGAAUAGUGGUGAAGUUUCCAGUCAAAGUCUAGAUGGACUAUCUACGAUUUCAAGCGAAAACGACGAUGGAAGGCCAGAGACUCCACUAGAUAUAGAAACGGUGGACACAUGAAUUUUAAUAGAUUUAAUAAACUAGAAAUUAUUAAGUAAAUAUAAAAUAAAGCACUAGGCAUAAAAAUGUGAAACUACUUAGGAGAGUGAAUAUAUGUAUAUAGCUAUUGGCGGUUCAU